UCUCUCUCCAAUUCAUGCCAAAACUAGAGAGAUCUGAUUUUAUCUGAAGAUCUUGAAUUUUUCUUUUUAAACUACAAGUUUACUACAUCUACUUUCUCCCACACAAGACUCAUGUAAAGUCACCAUCUUUCUAUUUAUUAAUAUAAUUUUGAAUUGUUUAUGACUCUUCUUCAUUUAACUUCUGUAUUAAUGGUCAACUACCCAUGUUCACAUGCUACACAAAGACUUACCCUUUUUUUGUUCCUAUCUUCUGUCUUCUAGAGUUUUCAGAUUUGUAAGAACAGACCAAAUCAUAAAGGUGUAGACUUUAGAUGAGAAACUAACCGAAUAAUUCAGAUGUCUUGUUCUGACAGAACCAUGGUGGAUCCACUUUUGAAAGAUUUGGAUGAGAAGAAAGAGAGUUUCCGGAGGAACGUUGUCUCUUUAGCUGCUGAGCUGAAGCAAGUGAGAGGCCGUUUGGUUUCUCAAGAACAAUCCUUUCUUAAAGAAACCCAAACUAGAAAAGAAGCAGAGAAAAAAGCAAAGAACAUGGAAAUGGAGAUCUGUAAAUUGCAUAAGAGAUUAGAAGAAAGGAACUCUCAGCUUCAAGCUUCUGCAUGUGCUGCUGAAAAGUUAAUCAAAGACUUGGAGGAGUUCAGAUCAAAGCUUAAUGCAACCAAUCAAACCGCAGAAGCAAGUGCUGACUCUGCUGAAUCUACAAAGAUACAAUGCUCAAUGCUCAAACAACAACUUGACGACAAAACACGUUCUCUCAGAGAACAUGAACACCGUGUGACUCAGCUCGGUCAUCAGCUUGAUGAUCUACAGAGAGAGAUGAGCUUGAGAGAGUGCUCAGAGAAGCAGCUAAGGGAGGAACUUAAAGGAAUUGAGCUAGAGGUAACAGAGGCUAUUACAAAGGGUGGAAUAGGUAAAAAUGAUUGCUUGCUCCAGAAGUUUCUAGAAGAUGUUUCUCCAGUGAAUUUUGAGAGGAUGAAUAGACUAGUUGAAGUGAGUGACGUGGAGGUUAAGAAACUGAAAGAUGAGAUUAGGUUAAUGUCAGGUCACUGGAAACAUAAGACUAAGGAACUCGAAUCUCAGCUGGAGAAACAGAGAAGGACUGAUCAAGACUUGAGGAAGAAGAUACUGAAGCUAGAGUUCUGUCUUCAAGAAACUAGAAGCCAGACCAGAAAGCUGCAGAGGAAAGAGGAAAGAAGGGACAUGGAGAUCAAAGAGAUAAGAGAUAUGUUGUUAGAGAAACAACAAGGUAGUGAUGAAUCUUGGGAUAAACAGAAGUUCUGGGACAAUUCAGGAUUUAAGAUAGUUGUAUCAAUGUCUAUGUUGAUGUUAGUGGUAGUCUCCAAGAGAUGAGUCUCUUUUUGUAUAAAAAUCUAAGACAGUAGAAAGUGUGGGUGUUUGUAUGUGUAGUCUUCUUUAGAACCAACAUGUUCUAAUUAAUAAUCGUCCUUAAACUGUUUCAUCAAAAAUAAAACUUUCACAAAUUGGUCCCAUAGCUCAGUUGGUUAGAGCGUUGGUCUUAUGAGCCGAAGGUUGCGGGUUUGAGACCCGCCG